GGCCGAGGUGGGCCGCCGAUCCGAAAAGAGUGGCGGGAGCUGUUCCGCUUGCUCCGCGUUUCCCCGAGAGCUGCCGUCCGCUUUCCCAGUGACCUGGCCGGGAAGUGUUCCUAGGCGUCCAGAUCCCACGGCAAAGGUACCCGGAGCCCACGGGAGCGGGCCGGCCGCUCGGGGACCAUGCCGCUCGUGCCCCAGCGGGCCCCCGAGCAGAGUGACUGCGGCUUGGUGGCCAGCCUCGACAACGUCAGGAACCUCUCCACGGUCCUGAAGGCCAUUCAUUUCCGGGACCAUGCCACGUGUUUCGCCACCAAAAAUGGAAUCAAGGUGACAGUGGAAAACGCCAAGUGUGUGCAAGCGAACGCCUUUAUCCAGGCUGGAAUAUUUCAAGAGUUUAAAGUUCAGGAAGAGCCUGUUACUUUUCGAAUUAAUUUAACUGUCCUUUUAGACUGUUUAUCUAUUUUUGGAUCAAAUCCUGUGCCAGGGAAUUUAACGGCGCUGCGCAUGUGCUACCAAGGUUACGGCUACCCGCUGAUGCUCUUUCUGGAGGAAGGAGGAGUGGUGACGGUCUGUAAAAUCAGUACUCAGGAGCCCGAGGAGACUCUGGAUUUCGAUUUCUGCAGCACCAACGUUGUCAAUAAAAUUAUUCUGCAGUCAGAGGGGCUCCGUGAAGCGUUUUCCGAAUUGGAUAUGACCAGCGAGGUCCUGCAGAUCACCAUGUCCCCUGACAAGCCUUACUUCAGGUUGUCUACUUUUGGGAACGCAGGAAGCUCCCACCUUGACUAUCCCAAAGACUCUGAUUUGAUGGAAUCAUUCCACUGUAAUCAGACCCAGGUCAACAGGUACAAGAUCUCGCUGCUGAAACCCUCUACAAAGGCGCUGGUCCUGUCCUGCAAGGUGUCUGUCCGCACGGACGACCGGGGGUUCCUCUCGCUGCAGUACAUGAUCAGGAACGAGGACGGGCAGGUCUGUUUUGUGGAGUACUACUGCUGCCCUGACGAGGAGCUCCCCGAGUCCGAGCCUUGAGGACGACCCGGCACUGUGGCGUGUGCUGCGUUCGCAGCGGGUCAUGUGCUCGCUCUCCGUGGUUCCGUGCUGGGCUCCCAAAGGGCCGGGGCCCGGGAGGGACAGGCGCCUGUGCCCCCAGGUCACCGCGUGUUUUGUCACAGAGUCACAGAUUGUCCCGUUCCGGGCCGUCCUGUGGUUCUGUCUUUGGGCUCCUGGGGAUUAUAUGAGCCAAGAUGAAUAAAUUCUAUGUAUUUGUUCUAUUUAAGUAGGACAUUUCAGAAGUCUGGAAAUUUAAAAUUUGAUGGAGCCAUAUAUGAAAUGUUCUUUUAUUUAUUUACUGUUAGAAAAACCAAAGGCAUGGUAUUGCUUAUUAGUUUGAAUAAUGCAAAAUACAUUGUUUAAAAAAAAGAUUUUAUUUAUGUAUUUUUAGAGAGGGGAGAGGAGGGAGAAAAGGAGGGAGAGGAACACGGAUGUGAGAGAGACAUCGGUCAGUUGCCUCUCGUGUGCACCCUG